AUGACGAUGAACCCUUACCUUAGCUGGGCCAUCCUCCUCGUGGUGGCGGGUGGCCUCGGGUGGUACUACACCAAUGGCUCGGCCCCCAAGCCUAAGACAGCGGUUAAGACUGUUGUGGAGAAGGCAGAGGUCGUGGUAGCCCCCAAGAAGCAGAAGCGCAAGCCCAAGAACGCGGAAUCGGCUUCGGAAAAGAAGCCCGAGGUCAAGACUGUGGUUUCCCCCGCUACUACCGAAGAUGACCAGCCGGAUGAGGAUGUGGACCGCAAGGAGAUGGCCCGGCGCCUUGCCGCGAUCAAGCAGGGCAUCUCCCCUGUCGCUGCACCCGCCUCCAAGAGCCAGAAGAAGAAGGCCAAGAAGGCCACUCAACUCGGAAAUGGCUCUCACGCCUCCUCGACCACCGGCGCAGACGCUGAUGAUGACCUCUCUCCUGCGGCUUCUCCCGAAGUGAAUGCCGCCGUGCCUGUCGCUGGCUACGUCUCCGAUAUGCUGGAAGCUCCUGCUCCCGGUGCUGCUGUUCUCCGCGUUACCGGUAACGUCGAGUCCCAGCCCAAGAAGCAAAAGGCCCAGACCUUCAAGCAGGUCGAGACAAAGAAGCAGCGCCAGAAUCGCUUGAAGAACGAGGCGCGUAAGGAGCAGGUCCAGGAGGCCGAGGCUGAGCGCCGUAAGCUUCUCGAGAAGCAGUUGCACACUGCCCGCGAACAUGAGCGCCAGGAGGCUGCCCGCGCAAAGGCCCCUGCCACCAACGCAUGGCAGACUUCAGGCGCGAAGCCGGCGGCCAAUGGAACUAGCACCCCCGUUCCUGCCAUUACUACUCCCGCGGUGGAUCCAGUCCAGCUGCUCGACACCUUCGAGCCGCCUGUUGUCGCUCCGUCAUCAAAGAAGUGGGAUCAGAACCUGCCCUCCGAAGAGGAACAGCUUCGCAUCCUUGGUGCCUCGAACAUGGACGAUGACUGGACCACCGUCUCUAGCAAGAAAGUUAACAAGAAGAAGGGAGGCAAGGCUGAUGAGAGUGUCAGCGAGGCCAGCGCCUCGGAAUCUCAGCCCAUCGUCGAGGCGCCCGUUCCUGUUGAGCCCCGUGUCACUGUGACGCCCACUUAUCUUCCGGCCAUUCUGCAGUCCCGCGGAAAAGGUCACCCUCUUGACUCCGACUGGGCCGCUUAA